UAUUACUAGUCACAGAAGCCACCUCUGGAGUGCUGGGCUUACAGAGUCCAGCCACAGUGUCUGAUUUAUGUCGUGCUGGGGCUCCAACCCUGGACUUCCUUUGUACUGGGCAAGCACUCUACCAACUGAGAGACUUCCCCAAGCCCAGCAGAUUUUGUUUGUUGUUUCCAGGUUGGCCUUGAACCCAUUAUGUAGCGGAGGAUGACCCUGAACUCCUGAUCUUCCUGCCUCCACCUCCCAAAUGCACAGAUUACAGUCAUAUACCACCAUGACUCAAAUUUCUGCUUCUUUUAACCUUUAAGAGAUUUUCGAAAAGACUGAGCACGGUUCUGGGAGAGAACAGAUCGGGUAGAGAGACCUUCCACUGGUGUCAGCGACUCCUAGCCAAAUCUCUGACUUGGUUUCCUCCACAGAUGGCUUUGCCCUGCCGCAGGUCCAUGAAUCUCAAGACACUGGCUUUCUUUCUGGUGGGCAUGAGUUUUGUGGUACUGAGCCAGUGGUUCCUCCCAGGGUCCCCGCAGGACGAGAGGGCGGACGGCCAGGACACCGCUUCCUCUUCUCCCGCUUCUGCGAUGCAGGGCUCGAGGCUCCUCCAGGGACCUCUGUGCGUGGCCAACACCUCGGCGAACAGCACCGCUGGCUUCCAGCUACUGCCUGCGCGGAUCCAAGACUUCCUGCUGUACCGCCACUGCCGCCACUUCCAGCAGCUGUGGGACUCGCCCAGCAAGUGCGUGGGCCGCCGCGGCGUCUUCCUGCUGUUGGCUGUGAAGUCGUCGCCCGCGCACUACGAGCGGCGGGAGCUGAUCCGGCGCACGUGGGGCCAGGAGCGCAGCUACGGCGGGCGGCAGGUGCGUCGCGUCUUCCUGCUGGGCACGUCCGCGCCCGAUGAGGCGGCGCGCGAGCCGCAGCUGGCGGAGCUGCUGAGCCUGGAGGCGCGCGAGCACGGCGACGUGCUGCAGUGGGACUUCGCCGACACCUUCCUCAACCUCACGCUCAAGCACCUGCACCUGCUCGACUGGACGGCGGCGCGCUGCCCGGGCGCCCGCUUCCUGCUCAGCUGCGACGACGACGUCUUCGUGCACACCGCCAACAUGCUCAACUUCCUGGAGGCACAGUCGCCGGAGCGCCACCUCUUCAUCGGGCAGCUCAUGGACGGCUCGGUGCCCAUCCGAGACAGCUGGAGCAAGUACUUCGUUCCUCCGCAGCUCUUCCCUGACAAGGCCUACCCGGUGUACUGCAGCGGCGGAGGCUUUCUCCUGUCCAGUCACACGGCCCAGGCCCUGCGUAAGGCCGCUCUUCACGUCCCGCUCUUCCCCAUCGACGACGCCUACAUGGGCAUGUGUCUGCAGUACGCUGGCCUAGCGCCCAGCGGCCACGAGGGCAUCCGGCCCUUUGGGGUGCGGCUGCCUGGCGCCCAGCGCCAGUCCUUCGACCCCUGCAUGUACCGCGAGCUGCUGCUGGUGCACCGCUUCGCUCCCUAUGAGAUGCUGCUCAUGUGGAAGGCGCUGCACAACCCUGAGCUGCACUGUAGUCACAGACGUACUGUCUCCUGAGGCCUCUGGAUUGCACUGGCCAGAUGAGCAGCCUCUGCCCCCAGGCAGAUGCAACUUUAGGCUCAGCACUCCAUGCUGAGAGCGCAUCUUUCUUCCCAUCUGAACCCCAGAUGCACACUGAUGUCACCUUGAGGAAGAAGCUGGAAAAUGCAUUAUCCUUGCAUAUUUUCCUGACUCCAACUUUAGGGAUUCUGGUCCUGCUGGUCUGGGGGUGGCUCCAGGGGCAUAGGUGGGUUUUGUUCUUGUUUUAAGCCAACUCAAAGAUUGCUGGGCCAGUAUAGUCAUCCUGCUGUGCAUCAUCCUCUGGAAGCCUUCUGGCUAGCUUCCAUCCUCCACUCAUUGUGGGCAGUGCAGCAAGAGGGGUAUGAGGCCAAGAUCAAUAUCAGCUGUCAAGUGCAGUGCCAACACGAAUGGUCACUUCCACCGUUUCCUCUACAGAUGAGCGGAGCUGGACUGACAGUCAUUCACUUUCCCAGAAGUCAGUUUGCACAUGGAACCGAGUGGCAUCUGGCAGUCAUGCUGCCACCGUGCUGCAGGACCCUUGUGAGGUCAAAAUUCUCACUGUGCAAAACAGAAAACUGAAGUACAUUCAGAGCAGCAGAGACACCAGCCAACCGACCUCUCUGCAGCCCUGCCUGUAAACCCCCAGGAGUGAAGGCUACUGGCCUUCCUUCUGAGUGGGCCGUAGGGGAUACUUCCUAAAUGCAUUAGCCAGUGCGUGAACUCGUGGAUGAGGACCCAUCUGUCCCAGUGCUGAGGACAUUGUAUUAGUUUCCUGUUGCUGUUGUAACAAAUCCUCACCAACCUGGGUGCUUAGAACUACACACAUUUAUCAUCCCACAGUUCUGUCUGGCAGCACAGGUCUGGGAGGGCUAAGGUCAAGAUGCUGGCAAGACAGCCUACCUUCCUGGGUGUUCUAAAGAAACACACACACACACACCAUUGUUUUUUUUUCUUCCCCAGAUUCCCGAGGGCUGCAAAACCAGCAAUGCUAUAUUUUGCUAUAGCCAAGUUUCUCUCUACUCUCUGUCUCUUCCUUCCACAAGGAGACUUCCCUGGUUUGGGAAUCUAGCCCAAGGUAUCUAGCACUCAGAGUACCUGGCAAUUAUGCUGAGUCUGCUUGGGUAAUCCAGGCUUACCUUCAUAUCUUUUUGUUUGUUUAUUGGCAAGGUCUCACGUAGCCCAGGCUAGCCUGGAACUUGCUGUAUAUUAAAGAAUGACCUUGAAACCCUGAGCCUCCUGUCUCCUGCUGAAUUACAGGGUUGGCCUCCACACUCAACUAAUAUCUUCCUUUCUAAAACCAGCUGAUCAGCACUAUUCAUUCCAUCUGUAUCCUUCACCUUGUCCUGCACGUGUAGCCUGAUAUAGUCCCAGGUUUCAGAGGUUAGGGUGUUGGACAUUCUUGGCAGACCAUUAUUCAGAGGUUAGCGUGUUGGACAUUCUUGGCGGACCAUUAUUCUGUCCAUCCCUAUGCCAAUAAAUCCGUAAGGAGUAGAUGCACAGUCAUGAAACAAUGAGCAAAUGAACACUAGAGAGUUGUGCUUUCUUUGCACAGACCUUCAGGAUGCGGUCUCUCAUUCUGCACAACUGAGCAUCAUUGGUUCUGAGUCUGUUGCUUGUAUGCCUUCCUCCCAGUGCCUGGACAGGUUAUCUCCAUUUUACUGGCAAAGAUAUAAAAAGUUCAUAACAUCCUAGCUCAGAAAGGUGGGAAGGCCGCAGUAAUUGAUCGGCUGUGUGAAUCUGGGUCCUGGUCAGUCAUCUUUGAAGCUGGCUUGCUCCAAUAUCCAAGCGCAGGAAAGGCCACUCUGGCCGUGGAACAGGUGUCUCCAGGCCUAUCAGGCCCGCCUAGUGUCUCCUCCAGGACGGUGCGCCACCAGGGGGCGCGCCUGCCACACGGUGCGUGGUUAGCGUUGCUCUAAGCUCUGGUUUGGCAAAGAUCCGCAACUCCGUGGAGGUGCGAGGCUGGCCAGCGGGACUGAAACCUCCAGGUGGGCAGUGUCAGAUGGCGCCUAGAGAGGCAAGGAGUAGCCGGAGCUUCCGGCGUCCUCGUUAGACUUGCGGCUGGGGAACUCCAUCAGACCCGGUGCCCAGCGUCACGGCCUGCAUGCCUAUAAAGAAGCUAAACUUCCUCUUUCUGUAAGGAUGCCA